GCAGGUGUUUUGAGGAGCCUGUACUUUUAUACCUUUAUAAGAAAAGUUCAUGAUUGGUCCUGGAUUGUGAAUGGCUUCUAGACAUUUGACUAAAGUCACCUAUGCCUUUUACUUUCAGGUUAAUUUUCUCCGUUACACGCAGCAGUGGAAGAAGAAAGUGGUGUUCGUGCUGAAUGACCUUUAUCAAAAUAGUCAUGAGCUGGAGGAAGCCCUAUCCUUUGUCAAGGAAGAUGCAGCAAAAUUGUUUGUUGAAUACUGAACAUGUAUUUGUAUUUCCAGUAUCUGCAAGAUCUGCUCUGGAUGAAGAACUUUCUGCUUCUCUGGAGAGUGGAGAAGUCUUAUCACCCUCUAAUUCUUAUUGGAGAAGCAGUAGCUUCCACGAACUUGCAAAUUUCUUGUACAGCUUCUUAGAUGGGUCAACAGGUAAUGGAAUGGAAAGAAUGAAGCUUAAACUCCAAACACCUGUUUCAAUUGCGGAACGAAAGAGUCGAAACUCUUGGGAGACAAGACAUACGUUUUGCCAAACAUCAUUAAAUGAAUUAGUUGAUGGUGUAAGAAAUUAUGGAACAAAGAUGGAAAACGAAAGUAUUACUUGGGGAAGACAAGCUUUGUCACUGAUUGAUUCUACCCAAUCACGUGUUAUGAAGCUUGUAGAAUCCACUCUACAACUAUCAAAUUUUGAUAUCGCUGCCUAUUAUGUCUUGAAAGGGGAAAAGACUACCACUCUAUCAGCUACCUCGAAGAUUCAAAACGACGUCAUUUCCCCAGCACUAGUUGAUGCAUUGCAUGUCUAGCAUAAUCACCAUCAGCAAACUCUCUGUUGAAUUCAACCAUUCUUACUACCCAAAGUAACUAUAACACUUCUAAAUAAUCAAAAACAAAAAAAAAAAAGGAGAGAGAAAGAAUGGAUAUAUAGGUGUGUGACUGAACUUAACUUUCAGUCUGUCAAACUGUGGAAAGAGGCUAACAAUGAAAACAAGAUUAGAAAAUGAGCAAUGACGAGUUACGAGUAGGUUGUACACAUAAAGUUCUGCAUAGAAGAAACAGAAGAUAGUGAUAUUAAUACCUGAGCAAAGGGGAUGUUACAACCAAAUCAAUCUUCCUGGAAAGACCAGAUGCAUGAACAUGCUUAUGCAAAUUAUCAAUCUGUAACAGUUGAAAGAUGUCAUAUCAUUAAUUCUCUCCAGGAAAAAACGUGAACUCUUCUUUUAUCUUCUUUACAACUUGCAUAUAUAUGUGUAUAACACCCGUUUUUCAGCAUUUCCAAUUCUUUAAUCUUUUCGUUGGUAAUUGGUUGCGACAGAUUUUUAACUACAAAUAGGCUUGGCUUCUAAUUAUUUAAUUUUCCAAAAAUUUAUAGAGUUGUGCAUCCAUCUUAGUAUCAGGGUAUAGUUUGAAUCUCCUACUGUUUCUGCGUGAAGAUUUUCUGAAGCUUUAUUGAUCCAUCCAUGCUGUUUUCUUGUUAUAUCUUGACCCCAUAACUUCUCUGAUCUUGUAUAAUUUAUGUGGCUUUUAGAAACUUCUCCAAGACUAUGAAUCUUGGCUUCAAUCAGGCAAUGCUCAUGAAGGAAUAGUAUACCAGGAGUUCUUGCAGAAGCUGUGGCCAUCUAUUGUUUUUCCGGCUACUCGGAUGCAUUUUGAGACCUAUGAGUUGUUGAAAAAAGUAGAUGUUCUAAGCCUGAAAGUAAUUAAGAAUUUCAGUCCAAGCGCUGCUUCCAAGUUGUUUGACCAAGAAAUUCGUGAAGCGGUGAGAACUUCUUUCUAAGCCAUGCUGGUCAUUUUUAAGUGGGAAAUUGGAAAUUUACAUAAUCAUUGAUUAUGCUCUUUCCUGUUCUCCAGCUGUAAAGACAUGGAUAUGGUACAAUGUUUAGAGCAGAUAUUUGGAUAUUGAUUUUAGAUGUGCCUGCAUUUGUAAAAAACAACUUCCUUGCAUAAAGUUUCCAC